AUGGCGUCAACAUCAGAUGUGCACGGUUCUUCUCCUGUGCCAACCCUGCCCCAGCCCAACGACAACGGUCGUUCGCACAUGUCUUCUCUCUCAUCCUCAUCCUCCAUCUCCGACGCCGAAACCGAACGUAGAGGACGCUCAGAGAGACCUCGUAUGGCCAGUCGGAAACCGAGUGCCUCGAUACUAGUUCCACGGGAUCAUCCUGAAAUCGAAAUCGAAGAAGAGGAAUUCCCCCCUGACGACGCGCGCGCCAUGAGCCCUCGACGCAACUCGGCUGAUUUGGAGCGACUGGGCAAGGAAGCCAGGCAGACGCUACAAGAACAAGCCAAGGCCCUCCAGUCCUCCCUUCAGGCGCUCGCCGAACGUAUCGAAGCCGUCAAAUCCGACCAUGAUAAGCUCGAAAGCGAGAAUCGAUUCCUUCAAGACUACAUUGGUGGAUUAACCCGCAACAUGACCAAGAGCGAAAUGAACAGGGGUAGCACCAAGGUCAAAAAGUCGCAGAAAUAG